AAAUCUACUUAAUACAGUAAAACAACUUAUUCCUCAAAUUUCAGACCAUUUCAAGACGAAUGAUCACUCAACCCUUCACCCGACUGACAAACAUGAAACUAAGGAGAGAAAAACACAAAUGCCACUAUGAAUAGAAUUUCCUGAUGCCUGACAUUUUGGAAGAUUUCAUCUUUCCUGUAGUGACCUCUGCCAGACAUUUUUCAAAGUUCAUCAAGCUCUUGGCCGCCCCUGAAGCAGUCGAACAGACCAACAGUGAGCUCCAGUGAGGUGAAAAAUUUGAAAUAGUGGGGGGAAAAAAUUGGUGUUCGAAAGUAGGAGGAAGGAGAUUCAUUUUGUGCUGGGAUUAGUUUCUGCACGGAUUGCAAAUAAAGUUGGGCUGAUAUGUCGUCCCCGAAGCAUUCACCGGUAAGGGCAGCCCUGUCGAUGCAGCUGAAAGCCCACCCAAACCUGUAUUCGAAGACCGAGGAAAGCUGGAACGCUGGUCGGAUGGAGGAGGACGCUUUCAUGCAGAACAGAGGUUCAAACUCCGCAAACCACAGAAAUACACAUCAUGCAAAUUCUACAGACUCCAAGUUUUGCUGCAUGUCAAGAAAGUCUUUAUGGAUAAUCGGUGCUGUGGCUUGUGUGUUUCUAGCCAUUGCUUUGGGCUUUCUCAUCGGCUUCUUCACCCACUAUGCAGUCUCCAAAUCUUCAGUUACCAUGACAACAGCAAAGAGGAAAGAGAUGCACCAACAGGCAGUGGGAAGUGUUACGCAGAGCAGUAUAGGAGAGUAUGAAAGGUUACAUGCAGGUCAGCAGUGUCAGAUAGGAAGUUCUUCUUGCCCGGGCAACCUGACACAAACCCUCGCCUCUCAGCUGUCCUCUAUGGGCUUCAAGGUUUCCACAUCCAUGUACAGCGUCCUGGUCUCCUACCCAGACAUGACCCGGAUGAGCAGUAUCCGUUCCGUGGACCCACAAGGGAAUACCCUCCAGAUGGUCCAGCUCUACGGGGGUGAGCAGGAUGCUGGGCCAAACUACAACAUCGCCCCAGCAAGGGGGCCUGCGCAGUUCUCCUCCGGCAGCGGACAAGUGUCCGUAGGUGACCAGGUGCCUUUGGGCUCUGCAGAUACUGUUCUUGUAGGAACCGGUGGGGAUUCAAUGGUGCUGACCAGCGGAGGAUCGCAAGCAAUGCCUGUAUACACACCUUAUACUGCUUCUGGUACAGCCCAGGGUGAUCUUGUGUAUUUGAACUUCGGAAGAGAAGCAGACUUUCAAACUCUGAGGGAUCUUGGUGUGGAGGUAUCAGGGAAGAUUGGACUUGCACGGCAGGGCCAGGGCAGUGCUGUAGAUCAGGCCAAAGUUGCUGCAAGUCAUGGAAUCUCUGGACUUCUUCUCUACCCUGACCCCGAUGACAUGACCUCUGACAUGCCAAUGACCUCUGUGAUGACCCCUGACAUGUCUGGUAUGAGCGGUGACCCUUUAACGCCGGGAUGUCCAGCAAGAGAUGGAAUUUUCAGAACUUCCAUGAACUCUGUCGACCUUCCCAGCAUUCCGAUACAACCUGUUUCCAUGGCAACAGCAGCCAUGUUGCUGACUAAUCUGACUGGAAUUGCUGCUGAGGGGGACUGGGUCGGCGGUCUCAAUGUGAGCUAUCAGAUAGGUCUAACGGGAGAAACCAGACAGCCAUGGUUUGUAGAGCUAGACAUUCACAAUGACGUCAUCCAAAAGCCGGUCUACGAUGUCGUAGGAACAAUACAGGGCUCAGAGUAUCCAGAUGAAUAUGUCUUGCUUGGAGGUCACUACUCCAGUAUGAUGACCUCUAUGGUGACCGCAGGGUCGUCGUCGGCGGUGAUGGAGUCAGCGCGGGUCAUUAGCGAGAUGAUGGAGAGUGGCUGGAUGCCUAGACGCACCAUCAUGGUUGGACUGUGGGAAGGGUCAGAGUUCGGCCAGGUGGGAUCUACGGAAUGGGUGGAGGAUAACAGACUUAUUUUGAGGGACAGGGCUGUGGCUUAUAUUGAUCUAGCAGGAGGUGGUACCGGUACCAUACUCAAUGCACAGUCUUCACCCAUGCUCAGGGGAGUUCUCAUGGAGUCUGCCGAAAAGAUUGGUAUAUCAUCGAUGGUAAACCUAGAUGCUUUGAGCGGAAUGGGGGACUAUGUACCUUUCUCUCACUCUGUUGGUAUUCCUUCAGCUAGUAUUGAGAUUAUGAGUAGUCAUGACAUCAACAUUGAAAUGCUACCUAUCGAUGGCGGUGCUAUCAUGGGUGUGUCAUCGGCCCAGCUUGGCACCCAAGUCAUUCUCUCCUUGGCUGAUGAUGAUGUGUUAAAUCUAGACGCAGGCGCUAUGGCGGACACUGUGAUGACCUACGUGGACAACAUUGAUACUGUGCUCAGCAGCACUAUGUCUCCUGAUGAGCCAAUGUUUGCGGAAGGUGCAAUAACUAUGCUGAGAUCCGCCGCCACAGAUUACAUGACUGCAGUCCAAGGCUUGCAGGAUGCUAUUGGAUCAGAUUCAAUUAUUGACUCGCCAAUUACCAUGACGAUGGUUAACAGUCGUUUGAUGACCAUGGAACGUUCAUUCAUUGACGAUGCAAUAGGAGGGACCAUGGGGUGAGUAUGAGAUAGGCGUAAUUUGU